CCGACAGAUAGUGCUACGAUUAAUUUGAAAAAAAUUUUGUUAUUCAAUUCUUGUGCUGAUUAAAAUAUUAAAUGUAAUUAUUUUUUAAAGAGUUUUGAAGUGUGUAUAAAUAAUUUUGUGAAUUCAGAUGUUUUUUUAAUUAAUUUUUAUUUGUAAGGAGUUUUUGAUUUUGGAAUGUUUUACAUCAGAUUCGACGGAUGGCGCUAUCAUCGCAUUCAAUAUUAUUCUAUUUUAAUUUUAGUUUGUCCCGACAGAUAGUGCUACGAUCAAUUUGAAAAAGUAUUUCGUUAUUCUGUGUUAUAAUUGUGUUAUUCAAGUGAAGUUGCUAAUUAAAAUAUUUAAUGUCAUUAGUUUUCGAAGAGUUCUGAAGUGUAUAUAAAUAACUUAUACAUUUUGUAAAUUUAGUGCGGAAUCGAAGUGAGUAUAUUUUUUAUAAAUUAUCUUUUUUAAUUUACACGUGCGUUUAUUAACAACCAACAUAACCUUCAAGUUUAUUUGUGUAGUUAGAGGAUUGAAUUUUUUUAAUUAUUUUUAUUGACAAUUAAUUCAUUUUUGGAGAUAUUAAAUAAAAAAACUCACAAAAUGCGAUUACAUGUUCUUUAUCUAAAAUUUGUCAUAAUAAAUCUUUUGAGUUAAUUAAUUAAAAAUUCAUUAUCAAUAAGUAACUCAUAUUCAUUGUAUAUUAUUUUGCAAUAUUUUAUUUUUGUAGAAAAAUGCCACGUCCUCGUGGAAGAGCAAGAAAUAUUGGUCGACGUACUCAGCACGCGCAAUUAGUUCAUGAUCAUCGAUUGAAUAGAACAGUAGAAGAACAUUCUAUGGAUAAUGUAAAUUUAGGAGAUCGAGCUGCAUGUACACGUGCAAAUGAAAAUUUAGAGCAACGUGCUCAACGUCUUCGUGCUAAUACAUUAAGACAACGAGAGGCACGUCAACGAGCGACCAACGCACAUAGAGAACGUAACCAACAGCGAGUACAAGAUAAUCGAGCAUUGGCACGAGCAUCACUUAAUCGUCUCGCGUUUGUAUAUGAUCCUGAAAUAGAUUAUUCAUCACAUGCAUUGAUCACGAUUGGUAGUAUGGACAAAGAGUGUCAACAUUGUCAUGCUUUCAAGUACAAAGGUGAAUCAGCUGGUUUAUGUUGCGCAUCUGGAAAAAUAUCACUGCCACCGCUAAAACCACCACCAGAACCUUUAAAAACGCUUUUAACUGGAAUCACAUCUCAAUCGAAAUUAUUUUUACGGAAAAUUCGUAAAUUGAAUUCAUGCUUCCAAUUGACAUCAUUUGCAGCAACAAAAAUUAUUCAUAAUGAAGAUGGCCGUAAUUUUGAAUCCACAUUCAAAAUUCAAGGCCAAGUAUAUCACCAAAUUGGUUCGUUACUUCCAAUGCCUGAUGCCGAUCCAAAAUUUUUACAAAUUUAUUUUAUGGGGAAUGAAGAGCAACAAUCACAUACACGCUGCGUUUACAACCAUAUAGAACAGAUGGAGGAACAAGAAAUUGUGGACAUUUUGGAAAGGUUUUUGCAAAACCAUAACCAAUUAGUACAAUUGUUCAAGACUCUUUCUAACAGACUGCAAAACGAUAACUAUGUCAUUGUUAUUAAAGCAGACAAAGUACCCUAUGGAGAGCACGCAGGCACAUAUAAUGUUCCAACCAUUAAUGAAGUGGCAGUUUUUAUGGCUGGUGACCCAUGUGAACGUAGAGACAUUCGCAUACAACGCAGAGAUAAUACGAUGCAAAUAAUUCAAGACAAUCAUCGUUCUUACGAUGCUUUGCAGUAUCCGUUAAUAUUUUGGGAAGGAGAAGACGGAUAUCAUUUAAAUAUUAAACAACGGAAUCCAACUACAGGUGGAGAACUGACCAAGAAAGUUAAAAUUCAAUCAAGCAAAACUUCGAGCUGAAGAGUAUAUUCAUUUGCGUGAUGCAGUAAUCGGUAAUGUAGAUGCAACAAACGUCAUUAACAACAUCGGUACCACAUAUAUUCUCCCAUCAUCAUAUAUUGGUAGUCCGCGUCAUAUGCAAGAAUAUAUUCAAGACGCUAUGACAUACGUACGUGCAUACGGUCGACCAGAUCUUUUUAUCACAUUUACAUGUAAUCCAAAUUUGGGAUGAAAUCAAAAACUUGCUGUUGUCAGGUCAAACAUCGAUGCAUCGCCACAAUAUCACUGCGCGUGUCUUUAAACAAAAAUUAAAAUCUUUGAUGAAUUUGAUCACACAUUACUCGGUUUUUGGUGAAACACGUUGUUGGCUUUACUCUGUUGAGUGGCAAAAACGAGGUUUACCUCAUGCGCAUAUUUUGAUUUGGUUGGUGGAUAAAGUACGCCCAGAAGAAAUUGACAAAAUUAUUUCAGCGGAAAUUCCAGAUCCGAAUGUUGAUCAAGAACUGUUUAACAUUGUUACUACUAAUAUGAUUCAUGGUCCAUGCAGUACUCUAAACAUGAUGUCACCAUGCAUGAAUGAUGGAAAAUGUACGAAACGUUUUCCAAAACCAUGUCAAACUGAUACUAUCACCAAUAUUGACGGUUAUCCAUCUUACCUUCUUACAUCAUCAACAGUGAUGUUCAACGUGAACACCAGUUUGAUAAGACUUCGUUGGCUACUUUUGUUGCUAAUAAUGAAAAAGUGCUUACAGCUGAACAACGAAAUGUAUAUGAUCAAAUUAACGCAUCAAUUGCAGCACAACAAGGUGGAUUCUUUUUUUGGAUGCACCAGGUGGCACUGGUAAAACCUUUCUCAUCUCACUGAUACUUGCGCGCAUUCGAUCACAAAAUCAUAUUGCAUUGGCCAUUGCUUCAUCAGGCAUUGCAGCGACGUUACUUGAUGGUGGACGGACUGCGCAUUCAGCACUUAAGUUACCUUUGAAUGUUCAUACAAAUCCCGAAGCAAUGUGUAACAUAAAGAAGCAUUCCGGCAUGGCUGAAGUUUUGAGAAAAUGCAAAAUUAUUAUUUGGGAUGAAUGUACAAUGGCCCACAAGCAUUCGCUUGAAGCUCUCGACAGGUCCCUGAAGGAUAUCAAAGAUAAUACUAGGCUUUUCGGUGGUGCUCUACUGCUACUGUCUGGUGAUUUCAGGCAAACAUUGCCAGUAAUUCCACGUGCGACAUAUGCAGACGAAGUAAACGCAUGUUUGAAGGAAUCUUAUCUAUGGCGGAGUGUCAGUAAAUUGAGCCUUACUAUCAAUAUGCGCGUUCAACUACAAAAUGAUCCAUUAGCGUCAGGAUUCUCUGAACAAUUGUUAGACAUUGGCAACGGUAAAAUUCAACUGUAUGAAGAUACCCAAUUUAUUAAAUUUCCAGAGAACUUUUGCAACAUGGUGGCUACCAAAGAUGAAUUAAUAAAUAGUAUCUUUCCAGAUUUAAGAUAUAACUAUACUAAUCAUGAAUGGCUACGAGAGCGAGCUAUUUUAGCUGCAAAAAAUUUAGAUGUAGACGCCAUCAAUUUUAAAAUACAACAGUCAUUGCCUGGUAAUGAAAUUACAUUUAAAUCAAUUGACACCGUUGUUGAUCCUGACGAAGUGGUCAACUAUCCAGUAGAAUUUUUGAAUUCUUUAGAUUUACCUGGAAUGCCACCACAUAAUUUGCGACUGAAGAUUGGCUCACCUAUAAUUUUGCUUCGUAAUUUAAAUGCCCCGAGAUUGUGUAAUGGCACGCGAUUAGUUAUAAAAAAAAUCAUGGGCAACAUUAUUGAAGCGAAUAUUUUAUCUGGAAAAUUCCAAGGUGAAAUUGUACUUUUACCGCGGAUCCCAAUGAUUCCUUCAGAUUCACCUAUACCAUUUAAACGCUUACAAUUUCCGAUCCGUUUGGCAUAUGCUAUGACUAUUAAUAAGUCACAAGGUCAAACGAUGACAUUUUGUGGCUUAGAUUUAGAAAAUCCGUGUUUUUCUCAGGGCCAAUUGUACGUUGCGUGUUCCAGAGUUGGAAAACCAUCGAGUUUGUUUGUUUAUACUCCUCAUGGACUAACUAAAAAUAUUGUACAUCCAAUGGCAUUACGAUAAAUUAAGUUUUUGUAAAUUAAAAAAAAAUAAAUAUAUAUGUUAUAAAAUG